AUGUUGGCCAGCUCCGGCGACUCCCACCACGUGGUGCUGGGCGACUCACAAGGCGGGGUCGAGGUCUGGGAUCUCGUAGAGGCUCGUCCUCAGCCAAUCAGUGUGUUGGGAGGGACAAACCAGUCUGCGAUCCAUGCCCUGGACACAUGCGGCGGCUGCAGCGGCGAGCCCGGGCCGCCUGAGGUCGUGAGCGGGGCUGCGGAUGGGCGUGUGCUGGUCUGGGACGCUCGCCAGCCGGAGAGACCGGUUGCGCAGCUGUGUGGGGGCACCUCGGCUGCUGCCUGGGCGGUGGCUCUCGGUGGUGCAGGGACCGAGCAGGACCGCAGCGUGCUGGCAGGUCGGCAAGACGGCACAAUCAGUCUCUGGGAUCUGCGGGCUGGCACCCUCCUCUGGUCUGGCAGCAUGGAGGGGCAGGGCGUCUGUGGACUGGCCUUUGAUCGACGUGGCAUCGUCAUGAACAAGGCCUAUGCCGCUGGCAUGGGAGGGCGGCUUGCCACGAUCAACCUCAGACCCUGCCAACCCGACCACGGCCGCGCCCUGGAGGUGCAGCAGGUAUGA